AUGGUGUCAACGCCUAUUCGUGUCUGUGUAUUGGUAUGCUCAUAUGAGGGGUCUGAUAGUGAGCUAAAGGAAUACGAAGGCGAACUCGUUCAGACACCACAACAUUAUUUUACUAAAGCAGAUGAAAAUGAGUUUGUAUUUACACUUGUUUAUGUGAAGAAGGCAACCGCGUACCGUCAAAUUCGUCAACUCGUAAAAUCUGGUGAUUAUGAUGUGUUUUAUAAUCAAUGUGAUGGUGCUAUUGAUGAGGAUAAGGCAGGAGUUGAUGUGGUGCUGGCGCUUGAAAGCUUUAACGUUCCCUUCACUGGUGCUAUUUCUAAAUAUUAUGAACUCUCCAAACCAGAGAUGAAACGUGUGGCCCAUUACUGCCGUAUUGCCACUGCACGUCAUGCUGUAAUAGAGAUUGGGGAUGAUGUGGAGAAGUUGUGCGCCCCCCUUCGAUUUCCGCUGAUUAUUAAACAUAUCUCUGGAUACAGUAGCGUUGGUAUGGACAAAUCAUGUAAAGUGCAUGAUAUGCGUUUGUUGGUGGAUCGUGUGGGUCCUUUUCUCGAGCAGUAUCAAACGGCACUUGUGGAGGAGUUUAUUACUGGCGAUGAGGCGACGGUGUUGGUGUGCGCCGACUCUACACAGCCGGGGGGAAUCCGUGUGUUUCCACCCGUGAUGGUGCAGUUCCCUGAAGGAGAGGACUUCAAACACUUUCAUCUCAAGUGGGAGACGUAUGAGGGAAUGAAUUGGCGCGUGAUGCCGAAUGAUGAUCCCGCACUGCAAGACAUUAUUCGCAUCGCCCGCAUAUCAUUUCUACACAUGAUGGGAGGCGUUGGCUACGGACGUGUGGAUGUGCGUAUUGACCGUGCAAAUCAAACUGUUGUGUUUUUAGAGAUCAAUCCCAACUGUGGUAUUAUGUAUCCAUACGGACAAGAAGGUUCUGCUGACUGGAUUCUUCGAUUAACACCUGAUUUUAAACAAAAAGAAUUUGCAAAAGUGCAAAUACGGGAAGCCUUAACACGUUGUGCUCGUAAUAAACCGUUAUUUCGAUCUGCAUAUGAUCCUAUUCGGGAAUAUUAUCUCUGUGCCACACAAGAUAUCCCUGCUGGUACGACUAUAUAUGAAGGAGAAGGGAAAUUAGUACGUCUUUGUACCAAACCUUAUGUGAAAUUGAUGUGGAGUGAAGAGGACUACAAUCAAUUUUUACAUAAUGCUUGGCCAAUUGGUGGGGAUGGCCAUCACUACGCAUUGUGGGAUCUGGAAUCAUCCGAUUGGGGUGCGUUUAGUCAUUCAUGUAAUCCAAAUAUGGGAUUCGCAGCCAAUCGAUCACUUAAUAUUAUUGCCCUUCACGAUAUCAAAAAAGACGAUGAACUUACAAUGGAUUACCGUCUCUUCAUGGAUGAAACAAUGCCACCAUUUCGAUGCCACUGUAAAUCAAAAUCAUGUCAAGGAUGGAUCUCAUUUGGAAAGAGAGAAGAGGAAAAAAUAGUAUCGUGA